AUGACGGAGGUUCCUUUCGUGGCAAUGCGUGCCCCAGGAAGCUAUUCCUCUCAGACAGAGACAAUCCGUCAAUACAUUCCUUCGAGUGUUGUUGUUAACAGUAGCUGUCCGCCUGCGAAACAACUUCAGCAGCCAGACAGAGUGCAACCGCAGCAAUGUACAACAAAUUCAUGGUCGGUCCAUAACGAUGGUUUUGGCCCCAGACCUCAGGUUUCUAACGCUAAAUCUUAUGGGGUUGAUGCCGGAAACCAAGGCAUCAACUAUAUGAGUUACGAUCUCGUAAAGGAGACGAACGGGAGCACGCCGAAUGAUUCUACGUCUACUCCCGUUCUGUCUGCCUCCAGCAAUGGAAAGUCUACUACGCCAUCGAGUGUGAAUCUCGCUUCGUCUUCUACAUCUGUGAGUUCUACAAAAGCUGAUGACACUCCGGGACCUGUUUUUUUCCGUCCACGUUCUUCCAUUCCAACGCGCCUUCCGACAGCAGUAUAUGCCCAGCAGUGUGUGGCGGCAGCGUAUGCGUCGAGGCUCAACCCUUACGCCCUUCAUCCGAAAGAACAAGAAGCGCUGCAGGAUCACUUGUGCCACCUUCAUGUUACUGUCUACCUUAAUAUACGAAACGGGAUUCUUCGACUCUGGACCCGCAAUCCUAUGGUUAGUGUGAGCAAAGAAGAGGCUUUGGGUUGUGCUAAAGACUACCGCUGGAUGAAUCUUGCAUCAUUUGCAUAUGAAUGGCUGAUACGGAACGGAUACAUCAAUUUCGGCUGCCUCGAGAUCCCAGAAGGCCUUGUGCCCUCAAAAAAGGGCCGUCGGAAAGAAGGUCCCGUGAUUGUCAUCAUUGGAGCAGGGAUGGCGGGUUUGGGCUGCGCUCGGCAGCUGGAAGGGUUCUUUAAACACUUUCGCGAUAACCUCAACUCCCCGCGUGUUGUUGUGCUUGAGGGUAGGCGAAGAAUCGGAGGGCGUAUAUACUCGCAUCCUCUACAAAGUCGUCAAUCAUCUACUUUGCCCCCGGGACUUACUCCAAAAGUCGAGAUGGGCGCUCAAAUUGUUGUCGGAUUUGACCGUGGUAAUCCUCUAGACCAGAUCAUACGCGGCCAGCUAGCGCUUUCGUACCAUCUGCUUCGUGACAUAUCUACCAUUUAUGAUAUAGAUGGAACUCCGGUGGACGAAGUACGAGACGCAACAGCCGAAAGGCUUUAUAAUGAUGUACUGGACCGCUCAGGAGAUUAUAGGUACAAGUCUGUGGUAGCACCUACAGCUGAGGGCGAGCGCGAUCUUAUUGAUUUGGGCCGGGACAUAACAACGAGUGAUGGGGUCACGGUGAGACAGUAUGAAGAGGCAAGACAAGCUGGAACCGUUGGUCUACUGUUUCCGGCAAAACGCAUUCGCCGCGGUGUAGGCCACAAGACUGCUGAACUCAAGCCAGCCACUGGGCCUGUAGUGGACACUGACGAGGCGGAAGAGAACCCAGCUGUCGUUGCAUGCGAAGCUAUGGGCUGGAAGCUCAACCCAGGUAUUUCAGUGUCCCAAAGAAUUAAUUUGGACCCGAUUGCCAAAGCAUCAAAGUUCCAGACUUUAGGUAAAACAAUGGAUGAAGGUGUCCGCCAAUAUCAACGCAUGCUCCCUCUGACUCCUAAGGAUCUGCGCUUACUCAAUUGGCACUUCGCCAACCUCGAAUAUGCGAACGCCACAAACAUUAAUAACCUCAGUCUUUCCGGGUGGGACCAAGAUAUGGGGAAUGAGUUUGAGGGAGAACAUUCGCAAAUCAUUGGGGGGUACCAACGGGUCCCUUACGGGCUAUGGUCGUAUCCAACGAAAUUGGACGUCCGAACGAAUAAGACUGUUUCACGCAUUACAUACGAUGCCUCCGGCUCGAACAGGCAUAGAACGGUAGUACAUUGCGAAGAUGGUGAAUCUAUCACGGCGGAUAUGGUCGUGUACACUGGCUCCUUAGGAACUUUGCAGCACCGAACAGUCCAAUUUUCUCCACCUUUACCUGAUUGGAAAGUAGGAGCCAUUGAUCGCCUUGGGUUUGGAGUGAUGAACAAAGUCAUAUUAGCGUUUGACCAGCCCUUCUGGGACACUGAACGGGAUAUGUUUGGCCUUUUGCGCGAGCCCACCAACAGGGAUAGCAUGGCUCAGGAAGAUUAUGCCUCGAACCGGGGCCGCUUCUAUCUGUUUUGGAACUGUAUGAAAACCACGGGGCUUCCAGUAUUGAUCGCUCUUAUGGCAGGUGACGCUGCUCACCAGGCAGAGCGCACUCCUGAUGCUGAAAUUGUUGCUGAAGUCAUGAGUCAGCUACGUAACGUCUUCAAACAGGUGGCUGUCCCUGACCCUUUAGAGACAAUCAUCACACGCUGGGCUAGCGACAAGUUCACCAGAGGGACAUACUCCUAUGUUGCUGCGGAGGCACUUCCAGGGGAUUACGAUCUCAUGGCCAAAUCGGUCGGAAACCUCUACUUCGCUGGCGAGGCCACCUGCGGCACUCAUCCCGCUACCGUACACGGGGCAUACAUCUCAGGGCUUCGGGCCGCAUCCGAGAUCAUCGAUUCCAUCCUAGGGCCUAUUCCUAUACCGACACCCCUCGUCCCAGAGAAAGGCAAAAACACAAACUCGGGCAAUACUAAUGGCAUGCCCUCCAACACUCCACACAUCCCACUAGACACGGACACCAAUACCCCAGAAGUACCACCCCAACAACCCCAGCUGCCAACAUCAACAUCAACAGUAACAUCGUCAUUCGAACCCCUCUCUAGAGCUGCCUAUGACCAGGCCAUGAAUGCCGCCGUCUAUACUGAAAUCGGUCCACCAAUCCCUCGCCCCGGCCGCCCAGGCAUCAAUCCCUUCAUCCUCUACCAAAAAGAUUUCAUGGCCAAAGCCCGCGCCGACUGCGAUGCAGAGUACCAGGCCAUAACAAAAGACCCCAACGCAAAGGCUCCCCGCGACACCGUCCGCGCUGCGCUAGGCCUCAUGUGGCGCCAGGCGCCGGAGGAAGUGAAACGCCCGUACCUCGAACAGGCGGAGGUCAAUCGGCAGACGGGCGCGGAGAUCGCGGCGAAGUGGAAGAGGGAUAAUGUGGAAUGGGAAAGGAGGAAAGAGGCAGCGAAGAAGAGGUGGCAGCAGGACAACCCAUUUGAGUGGUGGGUUGCUACAGAGUUUGGUGAACCGCCGAGAAAGAAGCUUGAUUCCACGAACAAGGAGUUAGGUGCGGCAUAUUCCCCUGCUGCUGCGCCAACCCCUCCAUUUGGGCCAUCAACCUCAUCAGGAUUAGCUGGGAUAUCUACUCCUUCUGCUGCCUCGCCAUAUCCGUCUGGGACGUCAGCUGGGUUAGCAGGGUCCAGCACGCUGUUUACGAAUGGGUACGACGCAAACGCAUCUACUCCAGCUGCUACUCCAUCACAUCCGCCUCCGUCCGUGCCGCCACCUGGGUUAUCUGAGGCUACCGCAGGCAAUACAGAGAGUUGUAGCUCAAGCGCAUCCUAUUCUGCCCCUGCUGGUCCAUCGACUGUCCCUCUAUUUGGGCCGCUACCUGGGUCAGCCAAAAUGAGCAAGCCGAAUGUGAAUGGAUAUAGUGCAAAUGAGUCUACUCCUGCCGCUGCUGCUGUUGCUUCUCAAUCACUCCAACCACCCCAACCACCCGGAUCGCCAUCUGGGUUAUAUGGUGGUAGCACGCAAGACACGAACGGGUCCACGAACUUAAAUGCAAAUCCGAAUCCGGGUCAAACUCAAAAUCCAAACGUCGCUAACGGUCCUAGACCAGGGAUGGGUUGGAGUUGGUUCAACAAUAACAGCGCCACUGCAUACUCUUUUCUCCUCAACCAACGUUAAAAAGGGCCAAAUCAAACUAAUUAUCUUAUCGGG